AGAGAGGGGGGUGAUGCAUCUAUGAAGCGAGAGGCUUGUGCCAUACGUCUUCAUUUUCAUUUCUUCCAACUCUACCCUUCAUUCCCACCCACAUAUAACUCUCUCUCUCUCUCUCUCUCUCUCUCUCUCUCUCUUUCAAAGACUCAGCAAGCUCUGAAUCUGACCCACACCCACCACCGGCGAUUAGAAAUUACAGAAACCAACAUAAACCCUUUUCAUCUCCCGACCCGAUUGAUGAACACCACCACCUCUUUCUCGCAGUUGCUCGCCGCCGACGACUACCCCGCCGUCAGUCGCGGCCUUUCCGAUCGUAUCGCCGAGCGAACCGGUUCUGGGGUGCCCAAAUUCAAGUCAAUCCAGCCACCGUCGCUGCCUAUCUCUCCGCCCUCGUUCUCCCCUUCCUCGUAUUUCUCCAUCCCUGCUGGAAUAAGCCCAGCUGAGCUCUUGGAUUCCCCUAUCCUCCUCUCCUCUUAUAACAACAUUCUACCAUCUCCCACUACUGGGACAUUUCCUAGUCAGUCCUUCAAUUGGAAGGGCAAUUCCAACAACAACCAGCUGGGCAUCAAGCAAGAAGAGAAAAACUACUCUGAUUUCUCUUUCCACCCCCAAACAAGAAUCCCCACAUCAUCCAUAUCAAACUUUGAAUCUCAAAACAACCCAAUUCCAACAGAGCAACAAGCAUGGAGUUUACAAGGAUCCACCAAGCAAGAUGGUCUAUCGUCGCAAAAGAGUAUGGUAAGUUCUGAAUUCGAUUCGAUGCAGAGCAUGUCCCCGGAGAUAGCCACCAUUCAAACUAACUCACAAACCAAGAGUGGGCUCCAAUUUGAUGGCAAUCACUAUAAUCAAUCAGCGAUGAGAGCGCAGGGAAAAUCAGACGAUGGGUACAACUGGAGGAAAUAUGGGCAGAAACAAGUGAAAGGGAGCGAAAAUCCGCGGAGUUAUUACAAGUGUACAUACCCCAAUUGUCCAAUGAAGAAGAAAGUUGAGAGGUCUUUGGAGGGGCAAAUUACUGAGAUUAUUUACAAGGGUGAUCAUAACCAUCCCAAGCCUCAAUCUACUAAGAGAUCCUCUGCAGCUUCUUCUCAAUUUCAAGCAAUUCAAUCUUGCAAUCCUCCCACCAGUGAGAUCUCAGAUCAGUCGCACGUCUCACAUGAGAAUUCCUCAAUCUCAUUUGGGGAGGAUGAUUUUAAUCAAAGCUCUCUGAAGAGAGAAUCAGUUGGAGAAUAUUAUGAUGAUGAAGUACCUGAGACCAAAAGAUGGAAAAGCGAGAACGUAAAUGAAGGUAUAUCAGCACCAAGGAGUAGUGCAGUGAGAGAAGCUAGAGUUGUAGUGCAGACAAGAAGUGAUAUUGACAUUCUUGAUGAUGGUUAUAGAUGGAGAAAGUAUGGGCAGAAGGUGGUUAAGGGAAAUCCAAAUCCUAGGAGCUACUACAAGUGCACAAAUCCUGGAUGCCCGGUGAGGAAGCAUGUAGAGAGAGCGUCACAGGAUCUAAGGUCAGUGAUAACAACCUACGAGGGGAAGCACAACCAUGACAUCCCUGCACCACGAGGUAGUGGCAGCCAUUACGCCAAUAGGCAGAACAACAAUGCAGACAUGGCGACAAGGCCUUCUGGCAUGACCAACGAUCAGUCUGACGAGUCGGUCAUCGACCCGAUUCGCAAUUUUAGGAUGCCAACAUCUGAAGGGCAAGCACCCAUCACAUUAGAGAUGUUGCAGAGCCCUAGGAGCUUAGGGUUCUCAGGGUUUGGAAACUACAUGGGCUCUUACAUGACUCAGUCACAGCACAUGGACGCUUUUCUUUCCAGAGCCAAGGAAGAGCCCACUAAUGACAGUUUUGUUGAGUCCUUUCUAUGCUAGGUGUCAUGGGCUUAGAGUUUCAACACCACUCUAGCUAACCCAGUGUGGUACCAAGAUGUUGCUUCUGCUUGCGCCACAUAGGGCACCCAAUUUUUGGAAGGUUUGGACUCCAGAAGUAUCAAUAAUCAAUAGGAGGAGGAAGCUAGACUCAUUUGUUUAUUCAUAUUUUGUUUGUUUGUAUAUUUUUUUAAUGGAAUUUGAUUUUGUAUAUUCAGGAUUAUAUAAUUUAUAUGGCACAGAGGUUAGUGAAAUUCAGUGCUUUGUUA